AUGUCUUUCAAGAGUAUAAUUCAGGAUAUGAGGGGUGAAAUUGGCAGCAUAUCUAGAAAAGGGUUUGGCUUGAGAUCGAGAUCACAAAGGGUGGUUCAGGAUAAUAGUAGUUACCUGGUGGUACUAGCGGCUGUAGAAGAAGAUGCUUUGAAGCAAAGUUGUUGGGCUAAUGUACCUUUAGAGAUUUUGAGAGACGUGUUAAUGAGGAUUGAGGAAGCUGAGGGUACAUGGCCCCCAAGAAAGAGUGUGGUUUCGUGUGCUGGUGUUUGUAGGAGUUGGAGAGACAUUGUCAAGGAGCUCGUGAGGACACCAGAACUCUCAGGACAAUUGACAUUUCCCAUUUCCCUCAAGCAGCCUGGCCCUAGAGGUUCUCUGAUACAGUGUUUCAUAAAAAGGAACCGCAAUAGUCAGUCGUACCAUCUUUUUCUUAGCCUAAACCAAGCUUCAAAUGAUGAUGGAAAGUUUCUUCUGUCAGCUCGAAGAUGUAGACGCCCAACAUGUACAGAUUACAUUAUAUCUCUAAAUGCUGAAGAUGUCUCAAAGAGUAGUAACACUUACAUCGGGAAGUUGAGAUCCAACUUUCUGGGAACCAAAUUCACAAUCUAUGAUGCACAACCUCCGACUUCUGGUGCCAGGGUUACUAGAUCUCGUUCCACGAAAUCAAUUGGAACAAAGCAAGUUUCACCAACUAGGGUUCCUGCUGGAAACUUUGCUGUGGCCCAUAUAGCAUAUGAGCUGAAUGUCCUGGGGUCACGGGGUCCCAGAAGAAUGAACUGUGUGAUGGAUGCAAUACCAGCCUCUGCGGUUGAACCUGGUGGUGUCGCUCCCACACAAACCGAAUUCCUACCCGGCACUAGCGAUUCAUUUCCUUCCCUCCCUUUCUUCAGAUCAAAAUCUUCGCGCGUGGAUAACAUUAAUAAUUCCAGGCCUUUGUCAUCAACGGAUAAAGAAGACAUGUUAGUAUUGAAAAAUAAGUCUCCCAGGUGGCAUGAGCAACUUCAGUGCUGGUGUCUGAACUUCAAUGGACGGGUGACGGUGGCGUCUGUGAAGAAUUUCCAGCUUGUGGCUUCCUCAGAGGGUGGACCAGAUUCAGAAGAUGUAAUUCUCCAGUUUGGAAAAGUUGGGAAGGAUGUUUUCACUAUGGAUUUCAAGUAUCCAAUAUCUGCAUUCCAGGCCUUUGCCAUAUGCCUUAGCAGCUUUGACACCAAAAUCGCAUGUGAAUGA